GUCUGUGACGUCGAAUAGCUCUGUGGUAUAUACGGGUGGAAUGAGCGCGCGCGAACAUUACUAGUGUAAAAGUGCCCCGCGGUUGCCCAUGCGCUCGCAGUUCGCGCCUUACUACUCGACUGUUGCUCACGUUCUUUACCAUAGCCUGGCGAUACUGCAUACCAAUACCCCAGUGUCUCUAGUGAAAAUUUGUGUAGGAGCCUUUGCUUCAUCGUGAAAAUGGAGGCGCUGAGUAGGCUAGUCGAGGGCUACCAUGACUUGAUGGACAACAAGAGUGACCAGAGGGUGAAAGACUGGUUUCUGAUGUCGUCGCCCUUCCCCACGCUGGCGAUAUGUCUCACCUAUGUGUUCACAGUCAAAGUGCUGGGACCGAAGUUUAUGGAAAAUAGAAAACCGUUCGAGUUGAAAAAUAUAUUGAUAUACUACAACUUGUUCCAAGUAAUAUUCAGUAUAUGGUUGUUCUACGAGAGUUUGAAGAGCGGUUGGUUCACCACGUACAGUUUUCGGUGUCAACCUGUUGACUACUCGAGGUCUCCAGAAGCGAUGCGGACAGUCAACGGUUGCUGGUGGUACUAUUUCUCAAAAUUCACAGAAUUUUUCGAUACGAUCUUCUUCGUAAUGCGCAAGAAGUUUGACCACGUGUCGAAGCUCCAUGUGAUCCACCACGGAAUUAUGCCCAUGUCAGUGUGGUUCGGAGUCAAGUUCACACCAGGCGGUCACUCAACUUUCUUCGGAAUGCUGAACACCUUCGUACAUAUUGUGAUGUACUCGUACUAUCUCCUGGCUGCCCUCGGUCCUAAGGUUCAGAAGUACCUCUGGUGGAAGAAAUACUUGACAGCGCUACAGAUGGUUCAGUUCGUGCUGGUGUUCCUGCACGCGUUCCAGCUGUUGUUCAUCGACUGCGACUACCCUCGCGCCUUCGUCUGGUGGAUCGGAAUGCACGCCGUACUCUUCUACUACCUAUUCUCAGACUUCUACAAACAGGCCUACCUCAAGAAAGCCAAAAGAGAAAAAGCCAAAGUAAAGGUUGAAGCAGAGGCCUUGAAGUCAGACACGAAAGACAGGAUGCUGCCUCUACUCAACGGCUUCAGUAAUGGAUCCGCGCUCGGCGACGUCCGGCAAAGGAUGGCGGGCGCAGUCGCGUCACAAUGAUCGCCUCCUUGGUACCCCUAGUAUGAAGAAUCUCAUCGCACCGAGUGAAUACACUAUGUGUACUCACAAGAAUUCCUUUAAUUACAAAUACUAACCUAACCUUGUUACGGGUGACGCGUCGGCUCUGCCACAUAGCCCUAACAAACAAAUAGCAGUUGGCACGCGACGUGCUUUAUAUCGAUCAUAAAUUACAUGUCAUUAUCGAUUCUUACUGAUACGAUGGUGCACGAUAGUGUCGUGUCACUAAUGGUAAUGUUGCAUCAUCUUGAUGGAUAAAAGUAAUCGAUAAACUGGUUAAAGUACAAAAUACGAGGGUCGAACAUUGGCCGGACACUGCCGCGGUACCCGACGAGACUAUAAGCUCAAUUAGUUGUAAGUUAUUUGUACGAGUAUACGUAGCUCAGUAGUGAUAGUAGUUGUAAUUUAUUCAAACCGAUUACUGUAAGUCCAUAGAAUUCUAAACAAUAACGAUUCUUGACUAUUUAUUCGGGCACGGAUAUGGUAGGACUAAGAUAGAGCCAGUAUUUCCAUUUGUAAAGAUGUAAUUAGGAUUUUCUGAUAGAUAUCGAUAGAAAUGGUUAAGUUUUAGCGCUGUCAAAUUUGUUGUCUGAAUUUGUAUAAAAAAUACCGUAUGAACGGUUAUCUGCAUCUUUUUUCUGUUAUUUGAAAGAGGUGAGCACCAUUUUUUAUGAAUACUAAAAUCAAAUAAGGAUAUAUAAAAAAUUGUUGACGUAUGAAAUUACCGUUGCAUUUACUCAAAAAGUUAAUAAUUUAACGACUCAUAUGCGACUCAUAGGUCAAUAUCUGAAAAUUAAGAAAUAUAGUCUAGAAUUUUCUAAUCACAUACGGAAUGUCACAAGUAUGUAUUUGCCAUUAUUUAUCAUAUAAUAUGUUUUUCAUAAACAUGCGAUAUGCAUUGCAUAUGUACCUGAAUGAUUUGACAUCGGUAAUUUCAUACAUUAACACUUCAUAAUAUGUAAUAUCAAUUUGUUAUGCGAUUUGACGAAGUACGUCAAAAAUGUUUAUGCACAUAAGAUCGACGGAAUCAUUUAGUAGAUAAAUAAACUAGUAGUCAGUCUCAGUAACAUUAUAAUUAUUAUUAUCUCUGCGUAGAUUUUGCUACUACAGUGUUGAUCAAAGAAAUGGAGCCACUAACGGCUUUUUAAAAUUACCGAAUCGUCUAUAACCUAAAAAUAUAUAUACCUUUUAAAACAAAUUGCUCACAUUUUAAAGAUAACUACAUUGUUUUUUAUACGACAUUCGUUACCAACUAAUGGAAUUAUGCCCAGUAUAUGGCAAUAGGCUCACCCCCUGUUACAAGGGACUCAUAACAUAAAUAGUGAAAAGAAGG